CCGCGCCCUUAGUUGACGGCGAAGUGGACGGAAGCGAACCGGUCAGAGCCAGCGACGGGAGGUGGCCUCGGCAAGCGGCCCCGCUCGCGGACGAAACCCUGAGGAGGAUCUCCGCGGUCUUUGACGCGAAAACGACCCUGCAACAUUUCAACGAAACCCUGGAGCAGAUCUGCGUUGUGCGACAGCCUGGAACCGAAGCGCACAGUAGAGUCCGUGAGUUGAUCGUGAACGAAAUGAAGACUCUCGGAUGGACUGUUGACGAACACUCCUUCAGCGACGAUACCCCUCAUGGACGAAAGCCUUUCACCAAUAUCAUUGCGACUCACGAUCCGGAAGCGUGUCAUCGUUUGGUGCUGGCUUGCCAUUAUGAUUCGAAGGUCAUGGACAAUUUCGUCGGAGCGAUCGACAGCGCCGUUCCUUGCACUCAGAUGAUCAGCAUCGCCAGAGGGCUUCAGAGAGAUUUGGACGCGCACAAGGAUGGGGAGGCCGGCCUCACCCUCCAACUUUUGUUUUUUGACGGGGAAGAGGCUUUUGGAGAAUGGUCGAGCACCGACUCGCUCUACGGGUCGCGGAGUCUCGCGGAGACCUGGCACUCGACUCGUUUCUCGUACUCCGAAAAAAACCGAUGCAGGAUGUCGAACAAGAACAUCGUCUCCGAAUUGGAUAGGAUUGAGGUCUUGGUUCUUCUAGAUCUCAUCGGCGCUAAGAAUCCGAACUUCAUGAGCUAUUUCGCCGACACCAAAGAGCUCUACGAUCGGCUCGCGAGUGCCGAAGGCCGCUUGAACCAGCUCGGUUUGGUGGAGGGUCGGACAAAAUACUUCUCCGGGCGGAGCGUUUUCAGCGCGAUAGAAGACGAUCACAUUCCGUUCAUGCGAAAAGAUGUCCCUGUCUUGCAUAUCAUCGACGCUCCAUUCCCGGCGCAGUGGCACAAAAGUGAUAACAUGCGGAACCUCCACCGGCCGACGAUUCGGAAUCUGAACAAGAUUUUCGCCGCUUUCGUGGUGUCGUAUAUGAGCUUAUAGGAUUCGAUGAAAGGGUCCCAUGUCGACCUCUGACAGAUCUGUGCAAUUCCCACCGAGCUUGGCGCUUGAGGAUCAGACCCCCACGGGGAACGAUCGAGAGUUGCGAGCACCCAGAAGAAGAGACUCUGACCCUAUUGGACAGCCAAGAAGCAUCGACCAAGGAAUAUGUCGACGAGCGAGGUUGCCGACGUCAGCGAUCUUCAGUUAUAGUUUUGUGAUAUUGUCAUCAUAGUUACGACCUUCGACCUCAAGCCGGAGAACACACAAUCAUACGAGUGAGCGAACGCAGUAUGACUUGAAUAUAAUACGUUAUAUAUUCUAUUCCAUCAGUGAUCAAGUUGGGAAUUGAGAUGACACACAUAUGUGAGACACAAGCCUGUUCUGCGUUCAGCUGAAUGAUUAUUUUCGUGCAUCCUCGAGAACAUAAAAAAACGUAAUCGAAAUAAGUAGAAAGAGAAGU